GAUAUUUAUUAUCAACUGAAAAGUUGCAAUGAAAUCGCUGCCAACACAUUUUCGUUCUUAAAACUGGGCCCACUGUUGUCAACAAACAGAAACUCUAUGAUUGCCGUAUUUAGAAAAUUCCUAAGUGUCUAAUAAAAAUUUCUGUCAUGAAAGUUUAAAAUUUUUUUAGAAGUUCUUUAUUUUAUGAAAUGGGGUUAUUUGGAAAAAAUGAAAAAGAUCCGAAAGAUCAGGUUAAACAAUGGACGUCUACUUUACGAAAAGAAACCUAUCAGUUGGAGCGUCAAAUCAGAGGUAUUCAGCGUGAAGAAGAAAAAGUUAAGCGUUCAUUGAAAGAGGCAGCAAAGAAGGGAGAUGCUGAUGUUUGCAAAAUAUUAGCUAAAGAAGUGAUCCGCGCUAGAAAAUCUAUAAAUCGCAUUCAUACCUCUAAAGCACAGAUCAAUUCCGUUAUGAUGAGUAUGAAUCACCAGUUAGCCACAUUAAGAGUAGCUGGAUCCAUUGAAAAAAGCACAGAAGUCAUGAAAAGCAUGCAGAAUCUUCUGAAACUUCCAGAAAUUUCAAAGACAAUGCAAGAAAUGUCGAAAGAAAUGAUGAAAGCAGGAAUUAUUGAGGAAAUGAUGGAGGACACAUUUGAAGGAUUAGAUGAUUCAGAAGAAAUAGAGGAAGAAGCACAAGAAGAAAUCGAUAAGGUCUUAUGGGAAUUAACUGCUGGCCAACUGGGUACUGCUCCAGCAGCUGUGUCAGAUUUGCCAGAAACAGAGGAAGAAGCAGCAGCAGUUCCUUCAACAUCCAAACAAGGUGAUGAUUUUGCUGAUAUGCAAGAGAGGCUUCAAGCACUUAGAAGCUAAUAAUAUUUUUGUGCUUUUAUAAACCAUCCAUUUAAGCUUACUGGCAUUAUUGUUACUUACUUUGUUCUUAUCAGGGGUUGUAGCUGUUUUGAUUUCCUUAAAUGUAAUAAAAUAUUCAACUCCUUCUAAAACCUUUUUGUUUUGUAUGGUUAAAAUAUCUGCUUCAAUAUUACAAUUGUAUAACCUGUAAAGUACCAUAUAAUAACUUUUUCACAGAUUCAGUGUUUUCAUAUCCUUUUUAAUUAUAAACAAUGUUGCAUUGUUAUAGAUUUUUGCGAACAAUAUUUUAAGGGUUAACUCUUCCACUAGUCUCUUUAUUUCAUAUAUCAAUAGAAGUAUAUAUGACAUCUUUUUUCUGAAUUUUUCUAUCCUUUUUUUUAUUAAAAAAUAAUGUUUGUUUAAUAAUUUAGUUAUAUUUUAAGCCAUGUUUCUUAGCUAUAGAUUUCAUAAGAAUAUAACCCUUUUGUCUAUCAAUAAUCAUGAAUCUAUCAAUAACUGUGAAGGGUAAAUUUCAGAAUCAUCCACUUUUUAUUUCAGUCUAAUGGCAUUUCUGAGUGUCUAUUUAAUAGUAAAAAGAUUAAAGACAAUAAUUCCGCUAAAACAAAAUCUAGUGAUUUCUUUCAGGAAUAUUAUAUACUAAUAUCUAUUUCUGUACAUUGUGUGUUUGUAGUUUUUUAUAUUUGUAAGUAUUUGAUUACAAAUAAAUUAAAUGCAAUGUUCUACUUCAGAAAGUUAAAGAAGGGAUUGUUCUGUAAUCUUUCCUUAUUUUAUUGAAUGCUUGCAGCUUAAUUCCCAAGUUUUAUUAUUUUUAAGCUUUCGGUUUCCUGAUUUAUUAAUUUAAUUAAAUACCUAAUUCUCCCUAUUAACAAUCAGUCAUCUUAAAAACUACAAAUGCUAUGCUGUAAUUUUCUUUUGUCAUUUAAAAUUUUGCUUUUUAUGUAUGUGAUUUUAUUUAUUUUUUCACUUGAAUGAAAAACUUUUCUAAAAAAGAAUUCCAACUUUUCAAAACUUUUCUGAUGUAAAUCACGGAAAUUUAUAUUGUUUUUAGAAAUGUUCAGUAUUUUCUCUCUAAAUUUAUUAUUCAAGUGUACUUUAUACUCAUGCAAUAAUUGAGAAUAAGUAUAUUCUCUUGUUUAGUUCUUCAGA